AAUUUUUUUUAGCAAAUAAUUAUUCUUUUUUCUAUAUAUAUAAAUCUCUUUCUUUCAUUUCCUCUAUUCCAAGCAUAUUCUUUGAUUUGAUCCAUUCUAUUAUUAUGUUCUUCAACCUUUUCUUAAAAAAAUAAUAAUUCAAAAAAGAAAUCUAAACCCAUUAUUUAUAAUAGUGUUUGGACAGAUUCCCCAUCAAAAUCAUAAUCAACUUGCCGUGCCCAUUGUUCCAAUUCAAAACAAUAUCUUCGUUCCUUAAUAAAACCACAUCAAAGUUUUGUUCUUUACAACACAACCUUUUCUGGGUCAUUGUGAAUUUGUGUUACAUGUGUUAAAGUUUGGUUCUUUACAACAAAAUCUUAUCUGGGUCAUUGAGAAUUUGUGUUAAUAUUUCAAAGUUUGGAUCUUUAUUACCAAAGAUUUUCUGGGUCAUUUUGAAUUUGUGUAAGAAAUUUUGGGUUUUUGAGAUUUUUGUGAUUCUAAUUGAUUAACAAUGGCUGCUGCUACUAGUGUUGGUGUUGUUGGUGGUAAUGGAUCUUGUGUUUCUUGGAUGCAAUUUGGAAGAAAUGAAAAGAAACAAAAUAAGAUGAACAAAUUUAGGGUUUCUUGCUCUAAUUCUGCUUCUGUUAUGGAUCCUUAUAAGACAUUGAGAGUUGAACCAGGUGCUUCUGAAUCUGAUGUUAGGAAAGCUUUUAGAAAGCUUGCUUUGCAGUACCAUCCAGAUGUGUGCAGAGGAAGAGAUUGUGGUGUGCAGUUUCACCUAAUCAAUGAGGCUUAUGAUGUUGUGAUGACAAAUUUGAGAGAAGAAGAAACAAAUGCACAAGAAACCUGUGAGACCUAUACCUAUGAAGAACCAGAUUAUGACUUUUGGGAAGAGUGGUCUGGUUGGGAAGGAGCAGGAGGAAUCCGUGAUUACUCUAAUCCUUAUGCAGUGUAAAUUAUUGAUUAGUCUUUGAAUUAUAUAUGUAAAUUAUUAUUAGUUAAAAUGGGUCUACUUAAGACCUACCACUUGUUCCCCACCCAAAAGUGGUAGGUGCUUUUUGUACAUAUGGUCCAAGUUUAAUGUCAAUCUCCUCAACAUAAUUGAAUUUGAGGAUACUUGGCUUUGUUAUUAUUGUUCAACACAAAUAAAAGUUUAUUCCACAA